AUGUCGAAAGAAGCUACCAGAACCUCCUCGUUUUCUUUUCCUCUGUUCCGUUCUUUCCAGAAACCUCUUCUUCUUCCUCCUCUCUCACCUCUCUCUCUCUACCCUAUAAAUCCAACAUCACAGUGCUCGAUUCAUCACCCUGCAAUCACAAAAUAUCUCAAUUCUUAUUGGUAUCUUCCAACCUUGCUUCAAUUUUGGGAAAACAUCAUUAACAAAGUUCGAAAUGGAUAUCAGUCUGAUGGUUUCGACAUUACGUUCUUCCGCAACCUCCACCAUAUCAUUGAAGCCACUGACGACACCACCACCAACAACAAAUCCAGCAACGCCGGACCUACUGGUGCUAACGUACGUGACGCCAGAGCAAUGGCUGCAACUCCGGCUGAUGUGAAGGUGUAUCCUAACUCUUACGUCUUCAUCGUCGACAUGCCUGGUCUGAAGUCCGGAGAUAUCAAGGUCCAGGUGGAGGAAGACAACGUGUUGGUGAGGAAGGAGUAA